AUGGCAACUCAUUCGAUCCAUUUCAUUGUGCUUAUCCCUUUCAUUGUUGCUAGUGUGUUGAUGUUUCAUAACCAGAUGGUUUUAGGCCAAUGCCAAGGUGACCUUCAAGGUUUGAUACAACAAUGCUCGCAAUAUGUUCAAAAAUCUGGGCCAAAAAUUGCACCAUCUCAAUCAUGUUGCAGAGUUUUAAAGACUGUUGAUCUUCCUUGUGUCUGCCAUUAUAUCACUCAAGAUGUGGAACAAAUUGUUAGCAUAGCAAAAGCUAUUUAUGUUUCUAGCUUUUGCGGAAAACCACUGCCUCAUGGAACCAAAUGCGGAAGUUAUACAGUUCCAUAA